ACUUUGUUGACCCUUGGGACUCCCAGACUCCCGUUUCACAGUACAGCACAGCGCCUGUGCAGACUUCAGCCCCUGCCACCCAGAAGCUUCAGUUCUCCUUCUCUCUCUAGGCCUGUUAUCAAGUCCAAGCUCACUAUGCUUGCCACCUGACAGGUCAAUAAAUCUGAGAAAUGAAGUGUUGAGGCAAGGAAUAUGACUUUAUUUGGAAAGUCGGUUGACUGAGAAGAUGGCAGACUAAUGUCUCAAACUAACUACUUUAUCGGGCCAUUCACUGGUGGAAGGGUCAGCUUCUCUCCCUCUGAGCUGAACAGGGAGGCAGUCAGUCAGUCAGGCAGAGGGGCAGGGUUUUCUGAGGCUGAACUCUAUGUGUGAUUAUAAAAACUGAAGCAACAAAAAGCAAGUCAAAGAAACAGUUCCGUCGUGGAAUCAGAAUUGGCUCUUCCUUCUAAUAGGCCUCUGCUGCCUCCAGCCCACUGAAGCCAAUAAAGACCAUCACUAGUCCCACCUUCAUCUGGAUCUCACCCUCCAAGAAUCCAGCAAGAAUGAUACGGGCGACUCUGCUGAUCAGCCUCAGCUGCCUCAGCCUCUACACCCUCGGCAGUGGUGUCCGCUAUUAUGACCCCGGGCAGGGUAUUACCAUCCAGUACCUGAGCCUGGCUCCAGAUACAUUUGAUGAUGCCUAUGUGGGCUGCUCGGAGGAGAUGGAGGAGAAAGCAGUGCUUCUGUUAGAGAAGGAGAUGGCCAACCAUACUCGGUUGCGGGAGUCCUGGGAGACAGCCCAGAAGGCCUGGGAGCAAAAACGUCCAGGGCUCAUUCUGCCUCCUGGCUUCAGAAGCCAGCACGGAAUCGCCAUCAUGGUCUACACCAACUCAUCCAACACUUUGUACCGGGAGCUGAACCAGGCUGUGCGGACUGGUGGUGGCUCCUGGGAGUCCUACAUGAACCACUUCCCUUUCAAGGCCCUGCAUUUCUACCUGACCCGGGCCCUGCAGCUGCUGCGGGGCGGUGGGGGCUGCAGCAGGGAACCUGGGCAGGCAGUGUUCCGUGGCGUGCGCAGGAUUCACUUUGAACCCAAGAAUGUGGGGGACUCUAUCCGCUUGGGCCAGUUUGCCUCCAGCUCCCUGGAUGAGGCAGUGGCCCGCAGAUUUGGUAAUGCCACCUUCUUCUCUCUAAGGACUUGCUUUGGGGCCCCAAUCCAGGCCCUGUCUGUCUUUCCUGAGGAGCGUGAGGUGCUGAUCCCCCCAUAUGAAGUCUUCGAGGUGACGAGUUUCUCUAAGGAAGGAAACAAAAGCCUGGUGACUCUCUCCAGCAGUGAUCAGAUGUGCAGCCACUUUAACUGCGCCUAUCUGGGUGAGAAGAAGAGGCUGAGCUGUGAGUCUGUGCCAAUAGGAGGGCAGGGAGACUCACUCUCCAAGGGAGCCUUCACUCUGCUCUCCUGGAAGACCCUGCUCUUGGCCUCUUGGGGGUUCCAGCUCUUAGGAGCUGGGCACUGAACGUUCAAUGCCUGCCACUUAGGAGUCCUGGGAACAUGUGACCUCCAGAUGAAGAAGGGAGGCUUCAAAGAGCUUGGAGAAGCAACAAUGUGGUUUCAGACCCAGACCUAGCAGCCAUGUCUCCAACCAGGAUGUCCGGGGAUCUGAGGCCAUGGUAGGGCGGAGGGAGCCCUGCUAUAUGGUGGGGAGUCCCAGGGACAAGCAAGGAUAGAGCUGUGAUGGCUACUUCAUUAAACAGUGCUGCAGUAUGGUGACAUCAAGUUUCAUGACUG